AUGACUGAAAUAAAUUUACCGGAUGAGAUCAUUGAAUUGAUCUUUUCGUAUAUUUCACCUGUUCAGUUGUGCUUGUCAGGAUGGAAUAGGGUUAGCAAAGGAUUCAAAGAUAUGCUACGACAAACAUAUAAGAGUUAUCGUGUACUGAAUACAGUUACAGGACCAGAUUGCAAAUUCUUCGAGCAAUUUUGUUCUCCUGUAGUUUAUGAAGAUGAAAUCCUUAUGAGAAAGCUCGAAGUUAUUAUUCAAAAUAUUUUUCCACACGUUACGAUGUUUACUGUGUAUGCGGGAGUAUUUUCGAUAGUUUUACAAUACAUCAUCAGACUUGAACCCAUUUUGCUGAUGCCGAAACUUCGUUUUCUUCAUGUAAUAUUAGACGAUAAAUGUGGUGGCUUGGCUAACAGUCAUGCAUUUAGUGAUUUUAUACUGGCUCGAAGAUUUGCAAGUGGAUUGGAAUCUGUGAAACUGUCAGUAACGUUGUCGCAAGGCAGUGAGCAACUUAUGACAUGUUGUAGUUUUCGAAAAUUUAUUCGCUUCCUGAUGGAAAUAGCAGAAAAGAACUUCAUAAGAUCUUUGUGUCUUAAAGAUAAAAACCAGAUGAGCACAAAGAUGGUUUAA